ACUACCGAAGUUCCCCCUACUGCUGAAGUUCCCCCUACUGCUGAAGUUCCCCCUACUACUGAGGCUCCUGCUGAUGCUACCACGCUUGCCUCUGCUACUACUAACAUUCCUGCUGUUGUCACUGUCUCUAGCCCUGGUGGAACUGAAUUUGCUUCUGCUUCAGAAACUCGCGACUUGGCUGCUUCUUUCGCUGCCUCUCUUGGUCAACACCAACUCGGUGCUGUUCCUGCCGGUAAGAAUGAAGACGGUAUCUCUCCUAGAGAUUGGGCUUUGUUCAAAGACCCUGUUCUUCACAAUGAACGUCUUGAUGCUAUCCGUCAAAAGAAGGGCUAUAUUAUUGAUAUGGAUGGUGUGAUUUACCAUGGUUCCAAAUUGCUUCCUGGUGCCAAAGAAUUUGUUGACUUUUUGGAAAAGAACAACAAAAAGUACCUUUUCUUGACCAACAACUCUGCUCCUACACCUCGUGAAUUGCAACAAAAGCUACACCGUCUUGGUAUUGAUGUGACUGAAGAUCACUUUUUCACUUCUGGUCAAGCUACUGCUCACUUCCUCAAGUCUCAAAUGCCUGAAGGUGGUACUUGUUAUGUCAUUGGUGAACCCGGUCUUGCAUAUGCUCUCUAUGAUAAGGGUUUCUUCAUGAAUGACCAUAACCCUGACUAUGUUGUCUUGGGUGAAUCUGCUGUUUACAACUUUGAAAAGAUCACAAAGGCUGUUCAACUUGUUCAAAAAGGCGCCAAGUUGAUCUCUACCAAUUUGGAUGUUGAAACACUUGAUUCUCAAGGUCGCAAAAUUCCUGCUACAGGUGCCUUCACUGCUUGUGUUGAAUUGGUUACCAAAACCAAAGCUUUCUUCUGUGGUAAGCCUUCUGCUUUGAUCAUGCGUUAUGCUCAGCGUGUGCUUGGUCUUUCUCGUUUGGAGACCUGUAUUAUUGGUGACCGUAUGGAUACAGAUAUUGUUGCUGGUAUUUCUUCAGAAAUUGAUCCUGUUCUUGUUCUCUCUGGUGUUACUGAAAUGAGUGAUCUUGCUCUCUUUGCUUACCAUCCUUAUGUUAUCUUGGGCGGUGUCUACGAAAUCCCUAAUGAUGAUGAUAAGAACAUGCUUACAGAAAGUGAUCUUGAAGAAGCUGCUAGACGUGCUUCUUACCUUUAAAUAAGUUUUCCAUUCCUCCUUAACACUAUUUUUCGUUUGUAUAGAUUCAAGACAACUGCAUAUAUCUUUAUUAUUUUAACUAGUACAAUAAAUCGUUCAUCUUUUAUGAUUUCAUCUAAUUUUUUUUAACUAUGUGCUUUCAAUGACACACAAAGAACGUGACUACUUUAUGACGUAAAAGUGUGUGGUGCACUCGGCUGUUUUUG